AGACGAAUGAUAGCACUAAACAUAAAAGCGUCAAGGGAGUGUGCGCACAGGUGCUGUGUGAGGGGGGAACAGUGAAGGUGAAGUACCUCGGCAGCAGUGAUUUUCAUUCUUGCCCCGAGGACACUCAAAUCUCAGUGACGCUGAAUGGUUUUGAGCAAGAUGGAAAGAUCAAGUGCCCGAAGUACGGCGAGGUGUGCACCAUUGCCGGCAACGGCAGCAGCCUUGUCGUUCCGAGAGCGUUGGAGGAUGAUAAGCGAGAGGAGCAAGAGGAGAAAAGAGAAGAGUCCGUGGCUGCUCCGGCGUUGUCUCCCGGAGCUGAAGCUCGUACAAAGGCGUCCCCUGCCGAUUUGCCCGCGGCGGAGCACUCGUCUGAAGAGGGACCCAUUGAAGAAGCGUCCACUGCAGAGGCGUCUCCUCCAGGUAAAAACUCUGAAGCUCGAGUAGUGGAAGCGGCAUCGAAGCAGCCUCAACAAGAAAGUGAAGCAGAAGAAAUGACAGCGGUGGAGGCAUCUGCCACUACACAGCAAGUGCCGGCGAAUUCAUCGCAGGGAAGUGUGGGGUGGGCGACGGUUUCGAACAUCCCUGCCGUUGGAGAAACAACGGGUGAUGGUGGCACUGUGUGUGAGAGCAGGGCGUUGCCGUUGCUCUUCCUGCUGUUGGGACUGUGGGGGUUUGCCGCUCUGUGA